AUGUCGUUGCUGCAAAGGAGGCUACAAAAGGAGGCUGCUAUCGCCGCCUUGAUAUCCGAAAACUUCGUCAAGGCGAAGUCAAGUAAAUUCUGCACCCUCCGCUUCGAAACCCAUAAAGUCCACCUCCCCUGCCCCGUACUGGUCUCUGUCGCCCAUGUCGCUCAACACGCACCAUCCGACGCCAUCCACAAGGCAUACUUGGAUGCCUCCAAGAUCCAAUCGGCCCGGGAAAAGUAUCUGGAGUUGCCAGGCACGGACGAUCCUUACAUAUUCGCUGUGUUGAUUGCGCUGGCACAGCACCGGCAGCUAAGCGAGUCCGCGGCCGCGACUACAUCUAGCCUCAAGCGCACGCAUCCCAUGAACCACGAGGAGUUCAUGGACGAACCGCUCCAUGGUGGGCUGCGUGCCUGCAUGAACCUGUGCUCGUACAAGCGCAGGCAUCCGCUAAACAUCUAA